ACGAGGUCGUGGGGGGAGGGCGGUUUGUGGGCCGGGUCUUCCGGCUCCAGGCGCAGCAGCUCCGCCCGCGAAGCGCGGUUGCUGCCCCGGUUGCCGUAGAGGACGCGCGAGGCGCCGUCGAAGCGGUCGCGCAGCACAUCGCCCACGGCGCGCAGCGUGGGCAGCCGCAUCCAGCACGUGCGCACCGUGCACGAGCCGGACAUCCCGUGGCACUUGCACUCCUGGCGCAUCUCGGAGAAUACGGUCUGCGGGGAUAGGGGAAGAAAGAGUGUCCCAGGGCACCGGGCCAGAGUCACCCUCCCAGACACUGCCCUCUCCCGGACGCCACGGGGGCCGGACCUCAGCAAAGGCCCAGGCCUAGCUGAGCCCAGGGGAAGGGAGGCGCGAAAUGUUCCGCUGAGAUUUGGAAACCCUGCCCAGCCCUGCUCCGCCGCGGCGAGUCAGUCUCGGCCUCUCAGGCUUAUUUUUCGAAUCUGUACGGCGAAGAGACUGUGCUUGAUUUGCAACCUCUUCUACCUGUCCGCGGGCCAGGCAUACCUUUGCCCUCAGCCACUGUCUCCUCUAUUCUCCGUCUUCGUUCCAAGCCUCCGGCUCUCCCAGGACGCCCUCUCCUGGUGCCCCUUGCCUUAUCUCACCGACCGUCACUUCCCCAGCCCGAGGUUGGCCCCUGCUGCUCCGCUUAGGGUGCAGAGCCUCUCAAAGCUCACCGUACGGCCUGCCUCGUUGUUGUGAAGGUUCAUGAGGAAGCGCAGGUCCCGCCCCUUCUCCCCGGAGUCCACGAACUCCCGGCCGAAGAGGCGGCCGAAGUCAAUGUUGUCGCUGCAGCCCCCCCAGUGCCAGUCGGGGCCCCCGGGGCCGCGCCGCCGGUAGUCACACGUGCAGGAUUCGAUGGAACCCUCUGAGCAGGAGCGCGCCACCGAAUGGGUGACCCCGGCGGAGGUGAUAGCGAAGAUAAACGCCGUUUCUCGACAGCCUGUGGGAGAAGGGAGCGGGGAUCAGCGAGGGGGUACGCGGGGCGCGGCCAGCACCCUCAUGAAGGGCUUGGGACCGGAAUCCCACCCCCGACUCCGCACUUAGAGUCCUGAGAGCCAGGGCCGACAGUGCUGGAAAGCUGGUCUCUAGGGCUAGUAGAGAAAGCAGGUGCGUGGGCACGCAGCCACGUCCACGGGCGUAAUCACACCUUACUGGGAGGUUCCAGGGCGCAUUUUGGCUCGAUAGCGGAAGUGGAGCAGCCCCAGAGGGACAAACCGAAGAGAGGGGAGCGGAAGAACCAUACAUCCCCAAGACUUCUUCGCAGCCCAAAACUUUCAGCCCAUUUUGGCGAUGCAAGCCUUGCUGGGCGAGAGGCCAGACACACGCCUGCAGAGAGCAGCUUCCCAGGAGCUUUUGAGAGAGGCUGGCGGAAAGCGGCGGUCAGCCGGCGUCCGCGACCCGAAACUUUCUUUAUCUGGGGCAGUAGCUCAGAAAAGUUAAGCUUCGUUUCCAGGGUGCACGGCUGGAAAACGCCUGGUAGAAGUCUGGCCCUGAGCUGGCGCUGGGCACGAGGCACUUGGCAAGGUUGAUUGUGUGACCCUCCAGGCGCCUUGGACACCUUCUCUGAACUCGCCCGCCCGUGCCCUGGGGGUGACCCCGCGUUUCCCCUGCUCCCGGAAGCGUCGCCUUCCUGGGCACCCACCUCGGUUGACGAUCUUGCCGAAGAGGUGGGGCCCUGGAGCAGUGGGACAGUUCCAGCGGCGAUUCCGGAACUGCCACUUGCACUCGCGCACGGCACUCUGCAGCCCCCCACUCACGCUGUGCAGGAUCCCCGGAUUUUGGCGUAUCAGACGCCGCUGUUUGCGGCUCAACAGCUGCAGACUGGGCUCAAGUACCAGUUGCAGACUCUUGGAGUCCGUCAGCAGGGACUCCUACUCAGCUUCAAGGCCACUUAGGCCUCCUAUUGAAGAAGUGACAGGCUGGGCGCGGUGGCUCACACCUGUAAUCCCCGCACUUUGGGAGGCCGGGGCAGGUGGAUCACAAGGAUGCCUUCUGACUGAGAAAUUUCCCCAGGCCUGAACCUAAAGUCUCAAGUCCCAGAAAUGACUAGGAUUCCCUUCUAAGGCAGGGAAAUCACUCUAAGGAAUAAAUGCCAGAUGUAAGUUCGCUCGAUCUCCUGCCUCAGACUGCUGUGCCUGCUAUCCAACAGUGACCCCUGCAGCACGGGCAGGACCUCCAGCAGCACAGACUGGAGGCUGGCUGCCCAGCAGAGCUGCAACGCCACCACCAAGGAAGAGGUUGUGGGUGCCACAUGUGACUGUCCCACACCGAGAAGCCCAAAGACUGUCCGGCUCCAUCCUCGUCUUGUCAAAGGCGCCUUCCAGCCACCCUGAUCUUGGUGGAGAAACUGACGCAAAGAGAAAUGAUGAAAGAUGUGGCCACUUGGGUCCCAUUCUGGCUCCCUAGGAAGGUUACUACACCCUCCCUGCAGCCUUGGCGACCCCAGAUCAGGUGAGAGGAACUCUGGCCACCUCCUUCUUCAGUGGGGCCAAGCCUGAACCCAGGCGUCGGGGGAGAGGGUGUGUGAGAGAGAGAGAGAGAGAGAGAGAGACAGAGAGACAGAGAGAGAGAGAGUGUGUGUGUGUGUGUGUGUGUGUGUGUGUGUGUGUGUGUGCGCGCGCGGGCGCGCGCGCGCUGGGAGGAGGGGGAGGCUGCAUUCGCCUGGUCAAGGCUGGGAGUGGAGGGUAGGGUGGGGAAGCCCCAGGCUCGGGGAGGGGCUGCAGCUCCGUCAGCCCGGCAGAGCCACCCUGAGCUCGGUGAGAGCAAAGCCAGAGCCCCCAGUCCUUUGCUCGCCGGCUUGCUAGCUCUCUCGAUCACUCCCUCCCUUCCUCCCUCCCUUCCUCCCGGCGGCCGCGGCGGCGCUGGGGAAGCGGUGAAGAGGAGUGGCCCGGCCCUGGAAGAAUGCGGCUCUGACAAGGGGACAGAACCCAACGCAGUCUCCCCACGGUUUAAGCAGCACUAGUGAAGCCCAGGCAACCCAACCGUGCCCGUCUCGGACCCCGCACCCAAACCACUGGAGGUCCUGAUCGAUCUGCCCACCGGAGCCUCCGGGCUUCGACAUGCUGGAGGAGCCCCGGCCGCGGCCUCCGCCCUCGGGCCUCGCGGGUCUCCUGUUCCUGGCCUUGUGCAGUCGGGCUCUAAGCAAUGAGAUUCUGGGCCUGAAGUUGCCUGGCGAGCCGCCGCUGACGGCCAACACCGUGUGCUUGACGCUGUCCGGCCUAAGCAAGCGGCAGCUAGGCCUGUGCCUGCGCAACCCCGACGUGACGGCGUCCGCGCUUCAGGGUCUGCACAUCGCGGUCCACGAGUGUCAGCACCAGCUGCGCGACCAGCGCUGGAACUGCUCCGCGCUUGAGGGCGGCGGCCGCCUGCCGCACCACAGCGCCAUCCUCAAGCGCGGUUUCCGAGAAAGUGCUUUUUCCUUCUCCAUGCUGGCUGCUGGGGUCAUGCACGCAGUAGCCACGGCCUGCAGCCUGGGCAAGCUGGUGAGCUGUGGCUGUGGCUGGAAGGGCAGUGGUGAGCAGGAUCGGCUGAGGGCCAAACUGCUGCAGCUGCAGGCACUGUCCCGAGGCAAGAGUUUCCCCCACUCUCUGCCCAGCCCUGGCCCUGGCUCAAGCCCCAGCCCUGGCCCCCAGGACACAUGGGAAUGGGGUGGCUGUAACCAUGACAUGGACUUUGGAGAGAAGUUCUCUCGGGAUUUCUUGGAUUCCAGGGAAGCUCCCCGGGACAUCCAGGCACGAAUGCGAAUCCACAACAACAGGGUGGGGCGCCAGGUGGUAACUGAAAACCUGAAGCGGAAAUGCAAGUGUCAUGGCACGUCAGGCAGCUGCCAGUUCAAGACAUGCUGGAGGGCGGCCCCAGAGUUCCGGGCAGUGGGGGCGGCGUUGAGGGAGCGGCUGGGCCGGGCCAUCUUCAUUGAUACCCACAACCGCAAUUCUGGAGCCUUCCAGCCCCGUCUGCGUCCCCGUCGCCUCUCAGGAGAGCUGGUCUACUUUGAGAAGUCUCCUGACUUCUGUGAGCGAGACCCCACUAUGGGCUCCCCAGGGACAAGAGGCCGGGCCUGCAACAAGACCAGCCUCCUGCUGGAUGGCUGUGGCAGCCUGUGCUGUGGCCGUGGGCACAAUGUGCUCCGGCAGACACGAGUUGAGCGCUGCCAUUGCCGCUUCCACUGGUGCUGCUAUGUGCUGUGUGAUGAGUGCAAGGUUACAGAGUGGGUGAAUGUGUGUAAGUGAAGGUCAGCCUCACCUUGGGGCUGGGGAAGAGGACUGUGUGAGAGGGGCGCCUUUUCAGCCCUUUGCUCUGAUUUCCUUCCAAGGUCACUCUUGGUCCCUGGAAGCUUAAAGUAUCUACCUGGAAACAGCUUUAGGGGUGGUGGGGGUCAGGUGGACUCUGGGAUGUGUAGCCUUCUCCCCAACAAUUGGAGGGUCUUGAGGGGAAGCUGCCACCCCUCUUCUGCUCCUUAGACACCUGAAUGGACUAAGAUGAAAUGCACUGUAUUGCUCCUCCCACUUCUCAACUCCAGAGCCCCUUUAACCCUGAUUCAUGCUCCUUUUGGCUGGGGAGUCCCUAUAGUUUCACCACUCCCCUCCCUUGAGGGAUAACCCCAGGCACUGUUUGGAGUCAUAAGAUCUGUAUCUAGAAAGAGAUCACCCACUCCUAUGUACUAUCCCCAAACUCCUCUACUGCAGCCUGGGCUCCCUCUUGUGGGAUAAUGGGAGACAGUGGUAGAGAGGUUUUUCUUGGGAAAGGGACAGAGUGCUGAGGGGCACUCUCCCCUGAAUCCUCAGAGAGUUGUCUGUCCAGGCCCUUAGGGAAGUUGUCUCCUUCCAUUCAGAUGUUAAUGGGGACCCUCCAAAGGAAGGGGUUUUCCCAUGACUCUUGGAGCCUCUUUUUCCUUCUUCAGCAGGAAGGGUGGGAAUGGAUAAUUUAUCGUACUGAGACUUGUUCUUGGUUCCUGUUUGAAACUAAAAUAAAUUAAGUUACUGGA